AUGGAAAAUAUAACAUAUUUUUCCUUUAUGUUGUUUAAAAAUCUUGGGCAUUUAAGAUAUGCUUUGUUCAAUUUGGGGUUUCUUUUAUACUGUGUGAUCAUAAUCCUAAAUGUCCUUAUUAUUUUUGCAAUAUGUCUGGAAAGGACAUUACACCAGCCCAUGUACAUUCUGAUUUCAUGUUUGUCCAUUAACUCUUUGUAUGGUACAGCUGCCUUUUUUCCAAGGGUGUUGUCAGAUUUGCUGUCUGAUACACACACUAUCUCCCCUGAAGCAUGUCUCAUCCAGAGUUUUGUCCUUUUCUCAUAUGUAACAAAUGAGUUUGCAACAUUAAUGUUAAUGGCAUUUGACAGAUUUGUUGCAAUCAGUAAACCUUUACAAUACCAUAACAUAAUUACUUUAAGGGUACUAACUGUUUUAAUUUUUAUACACUGGAUUUUUCCAAUGCUUUGUCUUGCUAUCUCAGGUAUUUUAACUGCCAGAUUGACAAUGUGUGGUAACAAACUGUGGAAGGUGUACUGUCACAAUUUUGAAAUUGUUAAACUCUCUUGUACAAACGGUUUAAUUCUUAAUGUUUGGGGUUUCUUUAUGUUGAUUAUAUUUGUUGUUAUGCCAUUAUGUUUAAUAUUAUAUUCUUAUGUUAAAAUUCUUAUCAUUUGUCAAAGAAGCUCAUCACAGUUCAGAAGCAAAGCUUAUCAAACUUGUAUUCCACACAUAGUGGUUCUUUUAAAUUUCUCAAUUGGCAUUAUUUCUGAAGUCACAUUAAGUCGGCUUGUGAAUUUAGAAAUGCCAACAGGGCUGUCAGUCAUUAUUUCACUGGAGUUUCUUGUUGUACCCCCGAUUCUUAACCCUCUUGUUUAUGCUUUAAACUUCACUGAUAUUCGAAAAAAAAUGAUUCGCUUCAUAAAGGCAUCCAGGUAGAUGUGCUGAUGUGAUCCAAAAAUAAAUUAAAGGUUACACAGAAUGUUACAGAUUCAUUAAAUGGAUUGUAAUCCUUGCAAAUUAAAAGUUUCACUUAACCCCUUACACUCCCUGACAAAAGUCUUG